GACCUUGACCUUGUGCUCGUCAACCGAGUCCCGACUGCAUCGAUCUGACGGCCUUUCUACGCGCAACGACGAAGCUUCGCGAAUCCCCUCCUUCCUUCGGCCUCACCUUCUUAUUCUCCGCCGAACAAGUCUUAGACGCCUAAUCCGUAGUUUACAUCCCGAAGGGCGGCAAGGGUGAUCCAGGCCGACCAUGGCUUACGUCGAGAGAGGUGUUGUGAAAGACAAGCGGACUAUAUGGCGACUGAGCAUAAUCUCAGACUUCUUUCGGGCUAUUGUCAACUUCAUCAGAAUCUUCUUUGACACACUGUUCUCAGUGGACAAAACUGACAGCUACAAGAAAGGGUAUGGUGCUGGUAAGAAGUGGGAUGGUGGACCUGGUGGUGGUGGUGGGCGGGGCCCAUAUGGAGGUGGAGGUGGUGGAUUUGGCGGCGGAGGUGGAGGUGGUAGGGGUCCUCGCACUCUAUCUGACAUCCAAUCCAAUGACCACAGUUCUCUCCCUGCUUGUGGAUCCUGCUGCGGCUAAUGAGCGCACAGCCGUUCUGCCUGAUGACUGCUUAACAGAUGAAUACACAUGCUUCAAUAUGUUCUGAAGAACAUCAUAGCUAUCAAUAUGUAUUUCACUGUCAGACGAUUGUAUUAUAUAUAAUUAGUGUGUCGUUUAUUAACAGUUAAUUUACCUGUAACUUGACUCUGGCAUGAUUCACAUGGCACAUUCAUGGUUUA